CUCUGACGUCAGGGCAUGCGCAUGAGCCUCCUCCUCUUUCCAGCUUCAGUCUUCUGCUGUCAUCCUUCGAAGGCGGUCGUCCUUUUCAGCUCGGCCGAGGGACCCCAGCGGCCUGGACAUCGGAGAAGCCCAGUUGGAAGCUUAGUGCUACCCUUCGAGAGAAGGCUCUAUGACAGGAAGCAGAGUGGCUAUGGUGGUCAGACCAAACCAAUUUUCAGGAAAAAGGCAGAGACCACAAAAAGGGUUGUACUGAGGCUUGAAUGUUUGGGACCCAGCUGCAGGACAAAAAGGAUGCUUGCCAUUAAGAGGUGUAAGCGUUUUGAACUGGGAAGAAGUAAGAAGAGAAAGGGCCAAGUGAUCCAGUUUCACUGUUUUCGUCUUGAUAGAAAAAACCAUUCCAUUCCAUCCCUUGGUUUUGUAUUUUCUGUCUUGGAAAGGAAGAGGCUUGAGUAAAACCAAGUCUCAUACGACAUGAAGCUUUUCCCAUGUAGGAAAGGUUCUUGAAGAUGUGGCUGAAUGUUGUAACUUUUAUCAUCUACUUAAGGAAAUGUACCUGUCAUUGAGAGAUAGCCCAGCUGGACAUUUCUAGGGGGCCUUGGCUAUUAGUACUAUGACUAAAACCAGUGACAGCCUAGGUUCCCAGGCAAAUUGGGGUUGGGGAAUUGGGGAUAAAGAGUAGUAAGGAUAGGAAUAAGUAGCCCCUAUUUUAAAGCAAUCCAAUUCACCUACAGAGGUUGCCCUUCCCAUUUGAAAAAUAUCUGGAGAAUUAAUAGUGACAGAAACAUCUUAUCAAAUGAAAAGUUCUUCAGUUAAUCCUCUAUAGAGAACUAAUUGAGUCAUUGAGUGGGUAGCCUCCAAAUUGAAAACCAGUAGCAAUUUUGUUUAGGGGUGGAUGGGAAUGACAACUGGGCAAGACUUGAAAUAGCAAAGAAUGGAGUAAUUGUUCCUUUGUUUUACAUUGUUUUUUGUACUACAUAAACCCAUGUUAGGCUUUAAGCCCUCUCAAGGGCAGAAUGUUUGUCUGUGUCAAUCUUUGUAUCUUGGCACAGUGCCCGCACUGUGCCUUUCACACUAAAGGUGCUUAAUAAAUGUUGAGUCUUCCUAAA